ACUCUUCUCGCCUCUCCUCUCCUCCCCUCCCUCCUUUUUCCGUGCUUUAAAUAUCCCCAGACGAGACGACGCCAGUUUGAUAUUCUAGAGACGACGGAAAGAGAGGCGAUAGAUUUAGAAAGAGAAAGCGCGCAUUUGUAGAAAGAGAGAGAGGCAUGGCGUCGGUGGCUAACAGAGUAGAUCUGGACGGAAACCCUAUCAAGCGUUUCACGAUAUGCAUGAUUGGGGCGGGGGGAUUCAUUGGCUCGCACCUCUGCGAGAAGCUGAUGGCGGAGACGCCGCACACGGUGCUCGCCGUCGACGUCUACAGCGACAAGAUCCAGCACCUUCUUGAAGCGCCAUCCCUCCCCUGGGCCGGUCGUAUCCAUUUCCACCGCCUCAACAUCAAGAAUGACUCCAGGCUCGAAGGGCUCAUCAAGAUGGCAGAUCUCACCAUAAAUCUUGCGGCGAUCUGUACUCCAGCGGAUUACAACACACGUCCUCUUGAUACGAUUUACAGCAAUUUCAUCGAUGCGCUUCCAGUGGUUAAGUACUGUUCAGAAAACAACAAGCGUCUCAUUCAUUUCUCUACAUGUGAAGUCUAUGGGAAAACAAUUGGAAGCUUUCUUCCUAAAGAUCACCCUCUGCGGCAGGACCCUGCUUAUUAUGUUCUUAAAGAGGAUGCUUCCCCCUGCAUUUUUGGCCCCAUUGAGAAGCAGAGGUGGUCCUAUGCUUGUGCAAAGCAAUUGAUAGAGAGGCUGAUUUAUGCUGAGGGUGCGGAAAAUGGACUUGAAUUCACAAUUGUGAGACCUUUCAAUUGGAUUGGUCCCAGGAUGGACUUCAUUCCUGGCAUUGAUGGUCCCAGUGAGGGGGUUCCAAGAGUUUUGGCAUGCUUUAGUAAUAAUCUUCUUAGAGGUGAGCCCCUCAAGCUUGUGGAUGGUGGCCAAUCACAGAGAACCUUUGUUUUUAUCAAGGAUGCUAUUGAAGCAGUCCUGUUGAUGAUUGAAAAUCCGGCCAGGGCCAAUGGUCACAUAUUCAAUGUGGGCAACCCUAACAAUGAGGUCACCGUGCGGCAGCUUGCUGAAAUGAUGACCAAGGUUUAUUCUAAGGUGAGCGGAGAACCUCCUCUGGAAUCACCCACCAUUGAUGUAAGCUCUAAGGAAUUCUAUGGAGAAGGUUACGAUGACAGUGACAAGAGGAUUCCUGAUAUGACCAUAAUCAAUAAACAACUUGGUUGGAAUCCCAAAACAUCUAUUUGGGACUUGCUUGAAUCCACCCUUACCUAUCAGCAUCAGACAUAUGCGGAGGCCAUAAAGAAUGUCACCUCAAAACCAGUUGCAAACUAAGGGAAGAAACUUUAUUAGUCUGCAAACUAAGGGACGUGGCGUAUUGAUGUUGUGCUCAACCCCAUUAAUCAUGUAUGCGACACUAUUUUUCCAUAUGUCUUGUGUUGCUGCUCAAUGGUUACAUAAAAGUUAAAACCCGGUAAUUUGUAUUUCUAAUACUUCCAGAAGACAGUAGAUUCUAUUAGCGAGUAUAUUUUGAAAUCUUGUGUUAGGGUCUUUAUUUUUUUUCCCCAGUGAUACGUUGAGUGGGGGGAUUAUACAAAGCAAAAAGGCUGGUUCAUUUCUUUGUUGGAUUUGUUUGGAUCCUGGGAUUUUGCUUCUCCUUUGAAAGGAGCAUGUUGUACCAUUUGAUUUGACCCAUUGAGGAUCCUUCCUUAGAUAAGAUUUAAGUUAUUUCUUUCCA